AUGAAUUCCGAGACACCUGAUAAAAAUUUAGAGUGCAAUGGAGAUGUGAUUUUUGAUCCUUCAGCAGAAAUGAUGAUACAUGAUUAUGAUGAUGAAAGAACAAUAGAAGAAGAAGAAGCAUUGGAAAAUAAUGAAGAUCCUCAAAUAGAAUUAUCAAAUUUACAAAGAGAAGGUGAAAUGCCGUUAAGUGAACUUUUGGCUAUGUAUGGCUAUAAUGAAAAUGAUAAUAGUAGAUCUGGUGAAUCUGUUUCAAGCUGUGAUGUUCAAGAUAAAACAGAACAUAUUGAUCCCCUUAAAAAUGACAAAGAAAAUAAUGCCCCUCCUGAAGAAAAUCAAGAAGCUGAAGCUGUUGAUGAAGAGCCUUCGGAACUAGUCAAGCUAUAUACGGACAUUCCAGAUACGGAAAUUGUCGAUGAUACAGGAGGGACUGGUCGUUUAUUAAGAUCAGUGUCUAGACCACAAAGUGAAGAGGAAGAUGACGAUUGUGAUUACAGUCCAGAUGAAGAAGAGUGGAAAAAAACGAUAAUGGUCGGUUCCGAUUAUCAAGCUAGAAUACCUGUAGGCAUGUGUAAAUAUGACGAUGCUCUACCUUAUGAAAAUGAUGAUAAAAUGCUUUGGGAUCCUUCGGCUUUAACAGAAAAACAAACGGAAGAAUUUCUAGCCAAAGCUCAUGAAUCGUUAUUAAAUAAUUCCCAAGUUAAUUUAGAAACUCAUGUAAAAGAUGAUGAACAAGCAUUGUAUUUAUUACUACAGUGUGGGUAUAACGUGGAAGAAGCUUUAAGGAGAAGAAGAUUAAAUGCCAUACCUCCACCUGACACUAUGAGUAUAUGGUCAGAAGAAGAAUGUCGAAAUUUUGAAAUAGGCAUGAGAAUUUAUGGUAAAGAUUUUCAUGCUAUACAAAAAAACAAAGUUAAAACGCGUUCAGUUGGAGAACUUGUUCAAUUUUAUUAUCUGUGGAAAAAAACCGAACGUCACGAUGUGUAUGCAUAUAAAUCUAGAUUGGAAAAAAAGAAAUAUUCUCUUCAUCCGGGUAUAACGGAUUACAUGGAUCGAUUCCUGGAGGAACAAGAGGUUGGUUCCGGGCAUCAAGACAGGAGAAGCUCAUCUCCUAAUUUACAUCUUCUCCUGUAUUCAGAUUCGAAAAAAAACUCCAGGUUAGAUGAAGGUGAGAGAGCUUCACCCAAAGUAGACUCAUUAAGUUAUCUCGGACACUUUGUGAAUACAUCUUCAGAGUUACCCAUUGUAACUGUAGAAGAGAAAACUAAAAACGUUGACAAUUCAGUCAGUCAAAAUUCUACCCCAUUAGUUAUAACCCUUGAUGAAGAAGAAUUUUCCAAUAUGAAAAAAGAGUGA